CCCCAAGAAGGACCCACUUCACGUGAAGAAGCUUCAAAAAGGAGAGCCCUGGCAGGGAACUGUCAGAUGUGGUGAGAGUGUGGAGGGAUGAGGAACAGAGGUGAACAUCUGGGAGAUCCUCGACUGAAGCACAGAGUUAAACAGUAUCUCCAAAAAAGCAGGGAUCAGUAUGUGGAUAUUGGAAUUCUGGCUGCAGAUCUCCAACGGUUGUAUAGCUCUGAUUAUGGCCGCAGGAAGAGGAAUGCCUUCAGGAUCCAGGUGGAUAAAGUGUUUCAAUCCAUCAGAAAUGAAAUGGCAUAUUUGGAGGAGGAGCAUCUGGUCAAACGUGCUCGACAGAGCCGGACACAGGAUGGGAGGGGCCUGACCUCUGAUUCGUCUGACAGUGAGGAUUACCCCGAAUACCCGCUGACCAAUCACAUGAACACUUCGCUGCUGAGCCUAUAUCGGAAAACCAACCCGGACCAUCCUGCCACUCCAGCUGCCAGGAAGGUAUCAGAGGAUGGCAGCAAUCAUGGGCAUGAAGCUCCUCAAACACUGGGUCAGUCACAAGGAUCCCUGCAAGGUACAGAGCGCUCUGAGGACAGUUGGUUCAUUGACAAGAUACCAGGAGUUCCCCGUUCAGAAGCUCAUCUGCUUGAUGAGAAAGAAUCAAAACAGAAUCCUGAGAGAUUGGAAGCGUCACCAGUGGAUCAAGCCACGAGGAAGCAAAGCAGACUGAGUAAAAGGAAACGGCAAGAUAGAGAGGAGUCAAAGGAUGUGGAUGCUCAGAUAGAGUCAGCUGUACUGAACAAAAAAGCAAAAAAAGGAUUUGAACUGCAUCGUUCGACGGUGACGUUUGAGGAUGUCGGUGGCUGUGAAGGAACCUUAAAGGCUGUGUGCCAGCUACUGAUUCACAUGAGACAUCCUGAGGUAUACCAGCAGUUGGGUGUGGUACCACCCCGUGGAUUCCUGUUACAUGGACCCCCAGGCUGUGGGAAGACACUGUUGGCACAAGCUAUUGCUGGGGAGCUGGAGCUGCCUAUGUUGAAAGUUGCUGCGACUGAGAUUGUAUCUGGGGUUUCUGGAGACUCUGAGCAGAAACUACGGGAGCUUUUUGAAGAAGCUGUGCUGCAGGCUCCCUGCAUCGUUUUCAUUGAUGAGAUUGAUGCCAUUUCUCCCAAACGGGAAGUGGCUUCGAAAGAUAUGGAACGUCGGAUUGUGGCUCAGCUGCUGACCUGCAUGGACGAUCUGAAUAAUCUGGCCAGCACCACACAAGUCCUGGUUAUCGGUGCGACCAACCGGCCAGACUCAUUGGACCCUGCACUGCGAAGAGCUGGACGCUUUGACCGGGAGAUUUGUCUGGGAAUUCCAAGUGAGGGUGCCCGUGAACAGAUUUUGAGGACUUUGUGUCGAAGACUGAAACUUCCGGAAUUGUUUGAUUUUCGCCAGCUUGCCCGCCUGACCCCUGGCUAUGUGGGUGCUGACUUGAUGGCUCUGUGUCGGGAAGCAGCCAUGCACACGGUUAACCGUGUUCUGAUCCAGCAACACGAAGACAGCAGACAAGCAGAUACUUCACAGCAACAAACAGAACUGGCUGAGUUUGAGAGGCUGUGUACAUUGCUGAAAGAUCCAUCGCCUCUCUCUGAGAAGGAGCUGCAGAAACUCCACAUAGAGAUGACUGAUUUCACUGAUUCACUGUCAGUGGUCCAGCCCUCAGCCAAGCGGGAAGGAUUUGCCACUGUGCCUGAUGUGACUUGGGCUGAUAUAGGAGCUCUACAAGAAAUCCGUGAGGAACUCUCCAUGGCUAUUCUGGCUCCGAUCCAACACCCAGAGCAUUUCCAGCUUCUGGGACUGUCCAGCCCAGCUGGCGUGCUAUUGGCUGGACCUCCAGGCUGUGGGAAGACACUGUUGGCCAAGGCUGUUGCGAAUGAAUCUGGACUGAAUUUCAUCUCUGUGAAAGGACCUGAGCUGUUAAACAUGUACGUUGGUGAGAGUGAACGGGCAGUACGGCAAGUGUUCCAGCGAGCUAGGAAUUCAGCACCUUGUGUCAUUUUUUUUGAUGAAUUGGACUCACUCUGCCCUCGGAGAUCAGAACAUGAGUCAGGUGCCAGUGUGCGUGUGGUGAACCAGUUGCUGACCGAGAUGGAUGGCCUGGAGACUCGGAAGCAGGUUUUUAUCAUGGCAGCCACAAACAGACCAGAUAUUAUUGAUCCUGCUGUGCUGCGACCUGGCCGACUGGAUAAGACGUUAUUUGUUGGAUUACCGAAGGCCUCAGACCGAUUUGCUAUCUUGCAAACUUUGACAAAGUUUGGGACCCGUCCUCUAUUGAACUCUGAUGUUGAUCUGUCUGUGAUUGCCAGUGACCAGCGCUGUGACAGCUUCUCGGGUGCAGACCUGUCCGCACUGGUACGUGAAGCUUCCAUUAAUGCCCUGAGACAGCAUCUGUGUGGCCAGCCCUCCGAGCAAACCCCAGCUCCCAACUCAGGAAUACGGGUGGCACGACGUCAUUUCGAAGCAGCCUUUGAGAAAGUGAAGCCUUCCGUGAGUAAAAAGGACCAGUUGAUGUAUGAAAUGCUGCGACAGUCUCUCAGCCGGUCUUUGUGAUGGAUGUGGUUCUUGUUGCUUUCCCUCGGCUUCUGUUUGGAGUCUUUCUGCACAGGAUUUUGCUGUAACAUUUACAGGAACUUGAAUGACUUCACGCACAUCUCACUGAAUGGGCUGCACUUCCUGAGUACAUGGGUAUUAUUAGAAGUACUUAGCUUUCCUGACUUGUUUCCUGUCACCAGGAUCAGUCUUGGGCAGUCACUUUGAGGAUGUGAACAUGGCUAUGAUAGUGUUUCAAAUUAUAAUGCCUCCAAGAAACUUCCCUGGGGUAAUGAACCUCCUUGUGGGAUUUCCCCUGAGGUUACAGUCUGUCUUGGUAAUAUUCCCUCUUGCUAACUGAUGGCUGCUUUGUAUUUUAUUCUAAGACCCAGGCUUGUGAAAAAAUAAAGCAGCUGGUGUAUUAAAAA